AACCUGCUCUCAUUCCAUCCUUCAAUCUCAAGCCAUCAGAGAAUGUCCAGCUCUUCCCUAGCUACGGUCUCUGACGGCCUGCACUGGAACAAUGUCGACUAUGAUAUACCUCUCAAAGACAAGGACAGGAAAAAAAUGUUGGCCGGUAUGUCGGCUCAAAAGGAUGCCGAAAAGGCAGAUUCAAAAGAGGCAGAACCUCCAGCUGCCGACAAGUCGCGUCGGAUUCUCAACAACAUCAGCAGUCACGUCGAUCGUGGCGAAUUUGUAGGAUUGCUAGGAGCUUCCGGGAGCGGAAAGACGACUCUACUCAAUGUCCUCUCGGGUCGAUUAUCCAAAGUUGGCGAAGCCUCAGGCGAGAUCACGUACGAAGGUGUCAAUCGGAAAGCCUCGACCUGGAAACGAACAAUCGCCUUUGUAGAACAAGAUGACGCUCUCUUUGCUCGACUGACAGUGAGAGAGACGAUCAACUAUGCUGCGAAACUCCGAUUGCCCGACAGCGAAUUCGAUGCUGAGGCGAAAAAGCGAAGAGUUGAGGAAACGAUUGAAAUGCUCCGGCUGGAGGACUGUGAGAACGGCCAGGUAGGCUCCGGGCUCAAGAGAGGGAUCAGUGGUGGAGAGCGUAAGCGAGUCAGUAUCGGAGUGGAACUGGUGUCCAACUCAUCCUUGUUCUUCCUCGAUGAGCCGACCUCGGGUCUGGAUUCCUUUGCCGCUUCUCGAUUGGUCACCAAUCUCCGCGAAGUGGUCCAAAAGCGAAACUUGGCCUGCUUGAUGACGAUUCACCAGCCAUCAUGGGACAUGUUUUGCACUCUCGACCGGGUCAUCCUCUUGGCAAAAGGCGCUAUCUACUACGAUGGACCUCCUCGAGACACCGUCGAGUAUUUCAAAGGCCUGGAUUACAACGUUCCUGAAGGAGUCAAUCCAGCAGAUUACUUCAUCUCCAUCGCUGAGAAUGUUGAUCGGGACGAGGAGGGGAAGGCACGCAUUCAGAAACUGAUCGACAACUGGAAGGAGAGGGCUGCGCAAGCCACACCUGUCUCAAGGCCAGCUGGCAAAGUUGAUGAGAAAGAUGUCAAGAAGAGCAGCAAAGCUCAGUGGCCGACUUCUUGGUUCUUCGAAUUGAUGCUGCUCUUCCGUCGCACCAGCAAAGAUCAGCUUCGAGACAAGCAGCUUUGGGUCGGCUCUGCCGGUCAAACUAUCGUCUUCCUCAUCGUUAUUGGUUUCGCAUUCUUCCGUCUCAACGAUUCUCAAAAGGACGUCCUGGCCAAAAUCGGAGUGCUGUUCAUCAUCCCCAUCAAUGCCGCUUUCGGUGCAUCAGCUCCCGUCCUUGCCUCUUUCCCGCUGCAGCGAACCAUUCUCAUCCGAGAAAGAUCGUCAGCGCUGUACCGAUGCAGCAGCUUCUUCUUGUCAAAAGUCAUGCUCGAGAUCCCCAUUGCCGUCAUCUUCCGGAUCCCUUAUCUGAUCAUCGUUUACUUCAUGAUCGGGCUCCGACUUUCAGCCGCCCGAAUUUUCAUAUUUCUUGCAAUCACUUGCCUACACAUCGCCAAUAGUGUCUGUCUGGGUCUCGCAAUCGCGGGUGUCAGUCCUACCGUUGAGAUUGCCAACAUUCUCUCGCCAGUGGUCAACGUCAUUUUCCUCUUCUUCGGAGGCAAUCUGUUGCCGUCCCCACCUCCGUGGUUCAUAUGGUUGAAAUACAUCUCGCCACUGUACUACACAUAUUCUGCGUUGACGAUCAACGAGUUCCGAGGCGCUCAAUUGCAAUGCGAUGACAGUUCAAGCCAGUGUUACCAAUCCGGCAAUGAUGUUCUGAAGGCAUACAAUCUCGAGGUAUUCUCCAUCGGAGCUGAUGCGGGCUUCUUGGCGGCUCUCACCAUUGCCUUCUUGGCUGCAGGAUACCUCGGCUUGAGUUUCUCCACCAGACCGAAGCUCAGGAUUAUCUAGGGGGUUCAAUAUGCACAGCACCAUCCUGCGCAGUCCCGAUAGGCCUUAUUCUGUAGCUGUAGAUCGCAAUGCGUCAUAGACCGUAUCAUAUAUGUAUCUGGGAGGUCUGCCAC